AUGGACUCCGACAGCCGAGACCCCGCGGGGCCAGGAGUCUUCCCAUUUCCAGAAGUUAGCCAAGAUGAACUUAACGAAAUCAAUCAGUUUGUGGGACCCGUGGAAAAAUUCUUCAAUGAAGAAGUGGAUUCUCAGAAAAUUGACCGGGAGGGGAAAAUCCCGGACGACACCCUGGAAAAGUUGAAAAGCCUGGGCCUCUUUGGAAUGCAGGUCCCGGAAGAAUAUGGUGGCCUUGGCCUCUCCAACACCAUGUACGCUCGUCUAGGGGAGAUCACCAGCCUGGACGGCUCCAUCACAGUGACCUUGGCAGCUCACCAAGCCAUCGGCCUCAAGGGGAUCAUCUUGGUUGGCACCGAAGAACAGAAGGCCAAGUACCUGCCCAGACUGGCGUCCGGCGAGCACAUCGCCGCCUUCUGCCUCACCGAGCCAGCCAGCGGGAGUGACGCCGCCUCCAUCCAGACCAGGGCCACGUUAAGUGAAGACAAGAAGCACUACGUCCUCAAUGGCUCCAAGGUCUGGAUCACCAACGGGGGACUGGCCACCAUCUUCACUGUGUUUGCCAAGACUGAGGUGGUCGAUUCCGAUGGCUCAGUAAAAGACAAGAUGACUUGUGAAGUGCAUUUUGAAAACACCAAGGUCCCCGUGGAAAAUGUCCUUGGAGAAGUUGGAGGGGGCUUUAAGGUGGCCAUGAACAUCCUCAACAGCGGGCGCUUCAGCAUGGGCAGCGCGGUGGCCGGCAUGCUCAAGAAACUGAUUGAACUGACGGCCGACUACGCUUGUACGCGGAAGCAGUUCAACAAGCRUCUGAGUGAAUUUGGAUUGAUCCAGGAGAAGUUCGCCCUCAUGGCUCAGAAGGCUUACGUCAUGGAAAGCAUGGCCUACCUCACGGCGGGCAUGCUGGACCAGCCCGAGCUGCCUGACUGCUCCAUGGAGGCGGCCAUGGUGAAGGUGUUCAGCUCCGAGGGCGCCUGGCAGUGCGUCAGCGAGGCGCUSCAGAUCCUGGGGGGCUCGGGGUACAUGAAGGACUACCCCUACGAGCGCAUGCUGCGCGACGCCCGCAUCCUCCUCAUCUUCGAGGGGACCAACGAGAUUCUCCGGAUGUUCAUCGCCCUCACAGGCCUGCAGCACGCUGGCCGCAUCCUGACCGAGAGGAUCCAUGAACUUAAACGUGGCAACGUGAGCACCAUCAUGGAGACCGUGGGCCGGAGGAUCCGGGACUCUCUGGGCCGCACCGUGGACCUGGGGCUGACGGGCAACCUCGGAGUGGUCCACCCCAGCCUCGGGGAGAGUGCCAACAAGCUCGAGGAGAACGUGUACUACUUUGGCCGCACCGUGGAGAAUCUGCUGCUUCGCUUUGGAAAGACGAUCGUGGAGGAGCAGCUGGUGCUGAAGCGGGUGGCCAACGUCCUCAUCAACCUGUACGGCAUGGUGGCCGUGCUGUCCCGGGCCAGCCGCUCCAUCCGCAUCGGACUCCGAAACCAUGACCAYGAGAUCCUCUUGGCCAACAUGUUCUGCACGGAGGCCUACGUCCAGAACCUCUUCAGCCUGUCGCAGCUGGACAAGGAUGCUCCAGAGAACCUGGAUGAGCAGAUUAAGAAAGUGUCCAGGGACAUCCUCGAGAAGCGGACGUACAUCUGCGCCCACCCUCUGGAGAGGACGUCCUGACGCUAGGACAGUGUCCCUGCCCCCGGGCCUCAGCUCACACUGGACAUGACCCUCUCUUCAGAAGGUGGAGAACUGCAGGAAGUCACAGGCCCCACCCUCUGUCCCCGUGUGCCCCCCUUGUGUGGACUGCAGGUCCUGCAGGAGGCUACCUCGCCGCUCCUGAGCAGAGGCGCAGGGAAGAGAAUCGCUGUCACCAGUGUCGCCCCUGUGCUGGUGAUUGGGGACAUGCUGGUGACAGGAAGCUCUCGGGCAUCUGAGGCUCGGGCAGCCAUUGCUACCAAGCCACAGGGUCAAGCCACAGCUGGGAAACAGCGCCCUUGUCACCUCCAAGUAGGAGGCACAUGCCGGGGAGUGUUCAACAGAAAGGAAUAUAAAUGUCACCGUCGGUGUCCCCUCU